ACGUACUUCCUUCGUUCGCGGCACCAAUCUUGAAAUCGAGCUGAGUUUGCGAACAACCCGUAAAUCUCCUGGCUCUUCCAAUAGUUUUCAGUCUUCUAUAAAUUCCUUUUUUUUUUUAAAUGGUAAAACUCUAAUGGCCACCGGAGUGUUUGUGAUCACCGCUGGAGACGUGAGAUGCCUUAUCAAGUUGAUGCUAAAGUAGCUGCUGUGAUGGCUUCCAAGCCAAAAGGGAAACCACCUAGAAGUAUGUUUCGUGAUGGAGGUAUCCUUGACAGCUCGUUUGAUACUAACACAGAACUGCCAGUAGGAAGUAAAUCAGGACGUGGUGGUUUGCGACAUGGCACACCUGACAUUGAAAAUAUCUUAAGUUUGCUGGAUGACUUUGAGAUGGACGAAGACAACAUUGAGGGUCCAGAUGAUCUGAGUGUAUCGUUAAAAAAAACAAGUAAUUCGCCCGCAGUAGAAAAAAAACAAAGUGACAAUGAAGGCUUUUUGCCAAGGGAAGAAGAUGAAGCUGCCGUUGAAGGGAAGAAGAUUAACCCAUCUUUUGCAACUAACAAGAAGUUCAGCUUCUCUGAUCUAGAUGACCAGGAUGAUAUGGAUGGCCUAAUUGACCCACUGGAUGGCUUACCACAAAAUAUGAACAAAAGAUCAUCCAAAUCCAAUUCACAGCCGACCAAACCUGAAAAAUCGGUACCUUCACAACUAACAUCACUUGUAUCAAAAAAGGAAACAACCAAUGCAGCAAAAAUACUAAACAAACUUACAUUUGAUGAUGCGAAAGAUGAUUUGAUUGAUGAACUUGGCUUGGACUGUGAAAAUCCCAAGAAAAAAGACAAUGUGCUUUGGUCCAACAAGGAAAGUGCGCAACCACCGAGAGCUCGUACAAAACUCGAUGAGAUUCUGGAGAACUGUAAAUCGCAACGUCUUGAGUGGCCAUCCUCAAGUGAUAAGAAGGACCAGCUUCUGUCUCGGGAGAAGAACUACAAUUCAAAAGAUGCCCAUUUAGAAGAUGACCCAACAACUGUGUCCUAUCAGCCCACAGUUGGAGAAACCGCAUCAGGGCGCCAUUCUCGUAGGCAGUCCAUCAAAUUCUCUACAGAGGAUGUCAGUGCUUCCACUUUGGAGAAGAAGCCCCCCAUUGCCACCACCCCCUCACGACCCCGCAACCCAGCCGACUGGCUCUGUCUCAAAGCAGACGACGACCAGGUCCACCGCGAAGAAGACACCAACGAGAGGAGGACUACAGACUCUCCAAAAUCUCCUACUCCUCUAUUUGAGAAAAAGCCCUCUUUGACUAGUGACCAUAAUACAUCAGCUGCCAAAGUGGGAGUUAACGCCUCACUUUUGGCUGAACCCAAAUCACUAAGGUCAGAUCCUACCAAAAUCCAAAAGAAAGAGGAGGAUGAUAAUGACUGGUUGACAGGCGCUCUUAGCAGGAAGAAGUCUUUCACAGGAUCAAGCUUUGAUGCCAAAAUCUCCAAUCAGGAGCAAGCUUUAGGCCUGGGAGAAGAAGUGGAUCUGGAGUCACUUGUUAGUAAGGAUACCCAAUCACAAGUCUUCAGAGGUAGAAAUAACAUCCAUGAAAAACAAUUGCCAACUUCCAAGGAUGCUGGCCUUGCUGCACAACAUGGUCCAAAACGAGAAGAGAGAGGAAAGCAAGGGCUCCCACAGUCAAACCUAAUGCCAAAGUCUUCAACUGCUGUCGAGCAACUGAUACCAUUUUCAACUGACAGCCUGCAGCAAUUGUUAGUCCAACAGCAGAUGAUGCAGUCACAGUUAAUGGGGCUCCAGGGUGCUUUGGAUGUUGGCGCUCUGCGAAAGCGUAAUGAGCAGCAUCACCAAGAAAAUGGGGAAGAUUUACAAGCACGCAUCAUUCAGCUUGAGGGACAGGUGAAGACUCUGCAGCUGGAGAGAGAUCACAGCCAGAUGUUGCUGGCGAGCAUACAGCAGAGAUAUACACAGGAUAUAGAACUCAUGGAAAAUACACACAAGACACGCGUGAAGCUUCUUGAGGAAUCGGCAGUCCAGAGGGAGACACGGAUGCGGCAGGAGACCGAAGACCUAAUUGAACGCUUGGCCGCGCUAACACGAGCGAAUGAGAAGGAACGUUCAGACCUGCAUGCUCACUACCAGCGAAAACUGGCCCAGUUCCAACAAGACCAAGACCGUGAUUUAGAGAGACUGCGAGAUUUACAGAGGAAAUCUAUCACAGAGAUGAAGAAAGACCAUGAAGACCAUGUCAAUAGGCUGAAAAGGCUAAAAGAAGAAGAGAUUGAUGCAGUAACAAGUGCAACAUCUGAGACCAGGUCUCUGACACUAGUAAUAGAGAAGAUGGAACAGUUUUCCUGUCGUCUUGGAGAUCUUUCCUCUUUGGUCGAGAGCAGGCAUGAACACACAACCCAUGGUUUGGAGCAAGGGGCGAGGCACAGAGAUGAGCAGCUUCAAAGUAUGCACCUCACACCCACAACCUUCAAGGUGCACUUAAAACUACUGUUUAAUCACAAACUUUUUGUUUCAGUAAUGCAGGAGCGUUUGACUCAACAGCAGAAAGUGAUGGCUGAGGAGAAGGCAUAUCUUAAAGAAAUCAUCUCCAGGAUGGACACUCAGAUCAAUGAACAGCAGAGACAAAUUGAGAAGGAGCGCUGGAAUGUGACCGCAGAGAAGGCCAAGGUAGAGUCUUCACUUAAAAGCCUGGAAGAAGAACGACGCUCCAUGACCAUGCAGAUGAACAUGGAGAGAGAGGAGUUAGAAAGAGCCAAGGGUGCAUUACUGGAGGAACAGAAGGCAGUGAUGCAGCAGUGCACAGAGGAGAGAAGGAAGUUGGCGGCAGAGUGGAACAUCUUUCAUGUCCAGGAGAAGCAGCGACGAGAAAGGGUCGAACAAGAUGUCAGCACUCUCAUGGAGAAAAGGGAGGACUCCAUUAUGAGUCUCGUGCAAGAACAAGCUGAUUUGAAGCUUCGCAGCGGAGAGCUGAAACUGAAAGAGACAGCUGUGGCACAGGAGAGAGAGGCACUAGAACAGCUAAAAGCAGAACUGCAGAGAGAAAAAGAGAGAAUAAGCAGCACUGCUCUGAGGCUCAAAAUCCGAGCGCAAGAGGUAGAUGCCUUCAGCAAGCUGGCAGCAGAAAAGUAUGAAGAAGGAGAACAAGCACUGCAGGAAGCCAAACGUGUGGAGUCUGAACACCAGGCAAGGCUGAAAACUAUUCAUUCCCAGAUUGAGAGGCUGAGGCAUCUUGAACAACGUGCUCUUGAAGAGCGAACACGAUUUAAUCCGCAGGAAAGAACCGAGAACCCUAAACAAGAGGCUCCCAGUGGCUCUUUGCCACAAACAAGUCCCAUUCUACCAGACACAGGUUCAGCAAUGCUUGACCCAAAGAUGACACCAAUCCUAAACACCUCUCAGAUAUUACCAAAUUCUCAAUCAAUGGCGCUUCAGGCAAGCCUGGCUAUAUGGAAGUACAAUGCACGAAGGGACCAUGACUACCUUGAAGAGCAGCAGAUCUUCCUUGAAAACUUGAAGAAAAAGUCUUGCAGGCAGAAGUCAAAUUGGACGUUAGCAUUAUGAUGCAAGCACAGUUUGUGUGUGCAACAACCUUGUUUCUAAAUAGUUUUCCUUAAGAGUCAUUCACUCAAACACCUGCAUUUUACCUGAAAAUGACAAAAUUACAGUAAGGUUAGGUUCACACCACAGGGCAUGGUGCUCAAUGGAUUUUUUUUUAGCCAUUCAUAUGGCACACAAACACAUGCGAGUCACAGUGUGACGGGAACAUGUCUAACGUCACUUAUCAGUGCUUAUGGAAAUGAUUGAAGAUUUUCUACUGAAACCAGCAUUUUUUUUCUUAGCUUCACUUGGGAGAUCAAGCGGACUAUUUUUGUGCCACCAAUCGCAUCAGUUUUGUUGAACAGUGGUGAUGUAUAGAUCUACUGUGUACAAAUGAGCGUUCAUAGCAAUGCUGCAACGAUUAAUUAACUUGCUUAAUUUGAUUAAAGCUUCAAAUCAAAUUUGGCUGC